UUAAUAAUUUUCUGAAAAUUAUUUAUUUACUUAUAUAGAAAAGCCACCAAAGAAUAACGAGUUGCUUGCCAUUAUCUCAUAAUUACUUAAAUAUUUUCUAAAACACUCGAAAGCAGCACAUUAGCGAAAGAGAACGUCAUGUCACCGAUAAACACAAUUAUUGCCAUCUCCGUCGUCAUCGCAGCCGCAUCUCUUAUCAGAAACUUCUCAUCUCCUUCCGACAAUACUUUUCUUUACUACCACCAUUGUACGCAACCAAACUACUUUCGAGGAUCGUCUUUUUGCUCCAAGUACCUUCCCGGAUCAUCUUACGACUCAAAUGUCAACUCGCUACUCACCUCGCUCGUAAACUCAGCUAAUAUCUUUACAUACGACCAUUUCACUGUCGGAACCUACGGCAAAACCGUCCACGGGAUGCACCACUGCCGCAGCGACCUCUCCACACGUUCCGAUGAUUGCGCUAGAUGCGUCGCGCAAGCUGCUCGCAUACUACAAAGUCUCUGCGGGGGCGCGUCCGGCGGCGCGUUGCUGCUUGAAGGUUGUUUCGUGGAGUAUAAGAACACUAAGUUCCUAGGCGUGGCGAAUAAGACGUUGCUGGCUAGGAUAUGCGGGACACCGUGGGGGUAUAGCCCGGACGAGUUGACUAAGACCAGUAAGAUGGUGAGUUUCGUAGUGGACGCCGAUAGCGUACCUUACAGAGCUUCAAUAGGAGAGGUUGCAUUUUGCAUACAUGAGUCCUUAUCAGGUAUUGGAGUACCACAUGGAGUUCUUGGAGACACUUGGAGGCAUUUGGAGCUCAAAAAGGAGUGUUUAGAAUGGUCAUUGGGCGAGCAAGGCAUGGGAGCGACCAGUCCGGAGCGACACAGCGAGGUCGCUCUGAUCACCCUACUGGAGCGACCUAACCAGAGCGACAGGGAGAAGUCGCUCGCGGUUUCAUCACUCGGAGAUGCGAGAACAAGCCCGGAGCGACCUCUCGGAGCGACACAGCGAGGUCGCUCCAGCUGGGAGCGACGUUAUGGGAGCGACAGGGAGAAGUCGCUCGCGGUUUCAUCACCCGGAGACGCGAGAACGAGCCCGGAGCGACCUCUCGCAGCGACACAGCGAGGUCGCUCCCGAAGCCUGGAGCGACUUGUCGGAGCGACGGGCUGAGGAGCCUUGAAAACUCCUAACAUCAAGAGGGAGCGCAAGCUGUGGCUCAGUGUACUGGAGAUCUUAGUGCGAGUGACUGUAACGACUGUUUGAAGGAAGCGAACAAACAGCUGAAGUCGUUGUGUGGAAUAACUGCUUGGGGUGAAGUGCACUUAGCCAAGUGUUACGUGCGUUACUGGUCGCGUGGAGCCACUGGCCACGCGUAUAAGAAAACGUUACCGGGUAUGACGCCAGCCCAACUCAGGGACGGAACCAAGAGUUUUUAUCACCGAGGGCAACAAUUUUUAGUAUAUAAAUUUCAGUCAUUAUUGAUAUACACUUUUUAUGUUUCUUUUGUUCUAUCUCUAUUUUAUUUGUUGUGGGACUAUAUAAAUGGAUAAUUUAUAAUAGAACUGUUUAGUCUCAACAUUU